AUGUCCACAGAUGACAGCAUCUCAGAGGACGCGUCCAGCUCUGUGGCCCUGAGCCACGAACAUGGAGGAAAGCAGAGCGAGGCGUCUGGAGGAUCCUCAGAAGACACGGUGUCCGCUCCGCACGCCAUACGGAGUCUGUGUCUGGGAAGCGCGGGCCGCAGUUUGCCCUUCAUCAACCCCAGCUCCAUGGAGACCCUGCGGGCUCUGGUGCAGGAGAUCCAGAGCAGCGGAGAGACCGACCCCCAGAUCUGGAGGAACUGUGAGGGCCGCUGGCUGCAUCUGUUUCAGCUGGUGGAGAAACAGUAUCAGGAGCAGAUUCUGGCUCAGCAGGAGCAGUACCAGUGCCAGAUACAGCUCAUCCAGGAUGAAAUUAAAGCUUUAGUGCAGCUCCAGAACCGGCAGACUCCGCCUCAGGACGCCGCCCGCAGCCCCAGACCCCUACAGGACCCGGCUGAGAGCAGGUCAGAGGAGGGCAUGCUGACGGUGGAGAGCAGCGGGUACGGCACGCUGUCGGCCUGGGAGCAGGCGCUGGACUCCGGUAGACAGGAGGCGCUGCUGUGGUCCCCCAACCCCAGCCUCACCCCGUCCCCAUCUCCGGGCCCCCAGAGCACCCACAAACACACACGCAUCAGUCAACCGCUGACCUCGUGGGCUCAGAGACACAAACAGAAGAGGAGCAGUGUGUGUGCGUCGCAGCAGCAGAAGAGCGCAGCAGGAUCUCCAGAGCAAACACACACUUCACCUGCUUGUGUGAACAGUGCAGUCUCGCUCGGUGUGAUUCCUCUACAGAGAGCUGACAGUGUGGCGUCUGAAACCUCAGGCCUCUCCUAUUGGAAGCUGGAUGAGAGUGAGUUAUAUCGCCCCCUGCCGGACAACUUCCAGAGUGCUUCUUUUGUAGCGCAGACACCUGAGGAGGAGAAGUGUGUGUCUCUGCGGGAGAUUUAUCAGAACAGGAGAGCAGAUCCCAGAGGCACCGAGUGUGACGCCACUGCUCAGAAACUCUCGGGCCGCACCUCCAUCUGCACGUCUCCGUCCCGCUUUAGCAGUGUGUCCGGCACCGGCUGCAACUCCAGCGCCGGCAGCAGUGUGUGUGCGCAUGAGGACGAGUGCAGCCAGACGGCCACGCUGACGGUGCAGCAGAGAGCACCUGCGCAGAAGACUCCACCCGCAGCCCGUAAACGCCCCACAGACGCCCCACAGGACCCCAUAGUGCUCUCACUGCUGAGGCAGAACCUGAGAGAGAAACACUCGCGGCACAUCUCUGACCUCAGAGCGUACUACGAGGCGGAGAUCUGCAGCCUUAAGGAGAAGCUGGAGCUGCAGGAUCUGCCGCUGGACCUGCAGAAGAGCAACCAGAUGCUGAUGGAGAGAUGUCAACACCUGGAGCGAGCGCUAACAGAGGCUAGCACACACAUCCGAGAGCUGGAGGUCAACAAACAGAAGAUGGAGAAACAGCUGACGGAGUGGUCAGAGCGCUACUCCUCCGUCAGCUCGUCAGUGCAGCUCCUGCAUGCGCGUGUGCAGGAGAGCGAGCGCAGCAGACAGCAGCAGGAGCGCAGCAUCAGCCGACUGCAGAGCCGCAUGCAGGAGCAGGAGGAGGAGCUGCAGAGCGCACGCAGAGCUGCAGACCAGCAGGAGGCGCAGCGGAGCACACAGCACAGGAGGAUGCAGGAGCUCCUCCACGAGUACGAUUCGCUGAGGAGAGAGCAUGAAGGAGCCAAGGACAAGCUGAGCUCCGCUGAAAGCAAGCUCUGUGAUGCCAGUGAGCAGAUAUGUGAACUCAAAAGGGUGAUCUGCAAGCUGGAGACUCAGGUCCGGCAGCUGCAGCACGAGAGUGUGUCCAGAACACGACAGUCUGUCCACAGCCACACACAGCCGUCUGGAGCGGGUUUGCUCCAUCACCCGGAUCUGCUGCAGAGGCCUCUGGAAGCGGAUGUGAGGAACGGAUCCCCGUCUGACUCCUCCAGCAGAGGGAGUGUGUGUCCUGCAGAGAGAGAGCAGCAGGAGUGCAGGAGGAGAGACGCUCCAGUGACGCCGCUGAUGAAGAUCCUGAUGCAGACGGAGGACAGCAGAGCCACUGAUGGACGAGCGCUGAGCACACACACACGCAGCAGCGCCACAAAGCGGGACACACUGCUCACGCCUCUGUCUGCCAAGUCCAGCCCGAAGCGCUGCCCGUCAGAGAACUUCUCCACAGCGUUCGGCCGCCCUCUUCCUUCCCAUGAGCACUUGCAGAGCAGGUUUGAUGUGGAGCGCUCUCAGCCGAGCCCGAGGAAGAGGCUUCAGUUCAGGCCUUCAGAGAGGAGGGAAGGAAAACCUCAGUCCAGUCUGGGCUCAUCUGAUCCGGCUGAGAGCAGCGAGUCUGAGGGGCCGGCGUCAGGACUCUGGCAGGAAGUGGAACAGGAAGAGGAACAGGAUGAGGAAGUGCAGAUGACAGGAAGUGCAGACGUGUGCUGUCAGCCGCGGGUUCGCUCUCUGUCUGACGCCGAGCGGCUCCUGGAUGAGCUCACACAGGAGAAACAGCAGAUUGAGUCGACACUGAGCCGGAUCCCCGGAGCCGGAGCCCGAGUCACACUGCAGAGCCGCCUGGACCAGGUGUCUCUGGAGCAGCGGUUGGAGCAGGUGAACAGUGAUCUGGGCUUCAUCAGGAUGACCCUGAAGCGGUUCCACAUCCUCAGAUCUUCAGCAAACCUCUGAGCUCCUCCAGACUCUUCCUCUUCCUCCUCAGCUGAUGAAGAGCUGCUCAGAUUCUUCCUCCUGAACACACGAGCCAUCAUCUUCAUCAUCAGCAGCAUCUUCAUCAUCUUCAUCAGCAUCUUCAUCAUCUUCAUC